AUGGUCCCGGCCAGGGGGCCGCCCUCGCCUCCUCGCCCCCCCCCCCCCGUCCCUCCCCGGCCGCCGCCCGGGGGCGCUGGUGCUGCCGCGGAGGGAUGGGAGAGUCGUGGGGGCGGGGGACCGGCGGCGGCGGCUUCCUCCGGCUACUGCUGCCCCUGCUGGGCGAGCUCAGCGGCGUCUUGGGGUCCAUCUCAGCCUGGCCUGCGGCCCAUCUGCCCCGGAGGCUACCGCGGUGCCGCGAGCGAAGACCCUCGAUGGGUCCAGACGUGGGCCGUGGCGGCGGUGGCAGGGCUCCGCAGCGGGAGCCGCGGGCUGCUUGGGCGGCCUGUCCACCUGCCCCUCCGAUUGGAGCCUAGGCAGGCGGGAGAAGAGCGGGGUCACGUGAGCUGCACCGCGGGAGAGCCUGGGACGCAGCGACGCUAUGCGGCGGCGCUGCGGGGAGCGCGGGAGUGUGGAGUCCGGGGCGGGAGCCCGGAGCGCCCGCACUCCGCGCAGCGCGACGCGGCUGGACUCCGGGCGCCGGUGGCGCGGCUGAGAGGGGCAUGCAGUUCGCGAAAUGCCCCUUGUCAAAGGCCUUCGGAGACCACAGCCUCCGUCUGGAGCCCAAAGCCGGCCAGACCUCCUCCCCGCAUCUCCCCUUCUGCGGCUGGGAGAGGAAGGCAGGGGAGCCCCCAGGUAUCAUUGCCCUCUCGCCCCAUCGGGAAACUGAUGCUGAAAGAGCCAGAGAGAGAAAGAAAAAAAAAGUCGCGGAGAGGGGCCGCCCGAGCGACCGAAGGCACCCGGCAGCGCCAGCGACGGAGGGAAAUUAGUUGGGGGAGACAAGCAGACAAGCCCCCAGAAUUUAGGGAACUCCGAAGCUUGGAGCUGGAGUCCUGAAAUUGACUCCGAUGACAACCGCUGUGGAUCUGUGCCAGGAGCCACGCCCUGAGGGAAGGGCGUCCUAAGACCUGUUGCGUGGAAUCCCCACUGGGAAAGCCUCAGUAAACUCCAGAACGCAACUACUGCACUUCCAAUCUCCCGCCACCUUCCCAAUGCCUUAGCUAGGACCUCGUUUGCCGUGGAAAAGAGGGAAUCUUGUCUAAAACCUACUUCACGGUGUUACAUGUUUGUAUUAUCGGGAAAUCACCUUAAUUCAUUGACCCGACAAGUCACUAGGUUUCAGCUUAGCCCAGGGGACGAAUCAUGAUGACAUUUCAGGCACUCUGAAACCUUAUCACAGGGACUCAACCCUGAGUGGUUGAGGUCAGCUCUUCAGAUAAGAGAAAGGUUUUAUAAACAUAUAUUAAUAUUUAUGGAGAUAAGUGACAACCGAAAGUAAUUUUUUUUUCUUUGAGACC